AUGAUCAAUCACAAUGCAACUGGUGGUACAUUAGCCUUUGGUAAGUGUGAAUUUUUCCGUUUACCUGCUGAUUCGACGACAAUAUCUCAACUGACAUCUAAAGAUUUCCAACAAGUAGCCGAUGCUCUAUAUAUAAUUCGCUCAUCAAUGGUAUGAAUAGAAUGAUGGUUGAAGGAAAAGGUUCUGUAACUCAGUUUAUUGCUGCUCAAUUCAAAAAUAUGAAUAUGAAAUAAAGUCAACUCGAACCAAAAGUAAUUGACAAUUUACAUCAAUAUCCACAGUUUAAAGCUAUCAAAUGUAAUUUUUCAUAUAAUGAUAAUGGAUCAAUGAUGACUGCGAAAGAUGUCCGAACAUUUCGUAUCGAAGGAAGAGAAUAGAACUAUAUUUCUUUAAUAAAUAUUUUUUAUUUAUAAAAUUAAAGUAUUAUCAUAAAACCAUUUUUGAAAGUUUUCUAAAUUUGUUAAUAAUUCAUGUUCAUUCUUUCCAGUAAUAAAACUAAAAAUCAGAUUUACCGAAAAAC